UUUUUUUACUGAAUUUAAUCUGGAUCGAAAUCUAGAGAAAUACAUAAAAAUUAUCUUCAAAUCAAAUUUCUCAAGAAAAUUCCGAAAAAAAGUAUUUUGCAUUUCUCUCGUCAUAAUCCUUUCGGGAAGUAAUCAAUACUGUUUAAUAGGUUUCCGCCAAAUUAAGUGAUGAAAAAUUUGCACUGGUCUCAAAUCUAACCUAAUCCUUGGGUAAUGUGGUGAUAAAUCUCGAUUUCAAUUUCAAUUUUUUUUCCGAAUUUACAUUUGAUUUAAGCUUUAUUUAUUUUAAGUGAGUUCGAUCGUGUAGAAAUACAUUACAGCUCUCACUAGAAAAAUGGAGAAGAUUCUUAGUUGUUAACUUUUACCGCUUCCAAAAUCUUUUAAACAAUCUCAUUCAGUUUGACUGAGAAUGGUCAAGUCAACAGAUUUAAUCUGUUUAACGUCAAAUGUUCCAUUUACCCUGUACAUGUGCAACAUCUAACGAAUACUAGUUCGUAGAGCCUAGACAAUUUUCUAUAAACAAGAGUUGUUAUAACAACUUUGGUUUCCAGUUUAUUCACCAGUUAGAAUUCUGGUUAAUUAAUCUUAAUAUCUAGACAAUUUUGUUUCACGUGUACGUUGGUAAGAUCAACAUCUGAGGGUUUUAUUUAUGUCAGGCUGAUGGUUCCUACGAUCGACAUGAGGAGUAUGAGCGUUUUGAUACUCGAUUCGGCUGAGCGAAAAAUUGAUGUACAUAGAGCGGUUUCUAUAUCUUAGUUAUCAUGUCUCUGUCUCGUUUUUAGAUGAUCAAUGACAAAAGUAUUCGAAUCGAUGUAGCUAGUGUAUCACAAAAACAGAAUAGCCAAGGUUUUACAGGACGUGGCAAAGGCGACUACAGUGAUGAGAAUGACUAUGGGCAAAGACGUGGUGGUGGUUAUCAUCAAGAACAACCUCAAAGGCGUGGACAACAGUUAAAGCAAAAUGGCGGUGAUAGACAGUAUGAUGGAAGAGAUGGAAAUAUGAGAGGAAGGUCAAAUUAUUAUCAAAAUGAUUCUGGUUAUUAUGAACAAUAUCCGCAAAACAACAAUAGUCGUAAUUAUCAAAAACAAUCCCCCUAUUAUGCUGGAGAACUAAUGACACAAAGCUAUAACAAUGAAUCAGGUAAUCGUGGCCAAAAUCGUUUUAAUUAUCAACAGCAACAACAAUUUCAUGGUGAACAUCAUAAUAGACGACAACAGCAACAACCCCGCACAAACUCAUCCGCAUCGCACAAUGAGCAAUCGCGUGAACGAACAUAUAGUUUACGAAAACGCCCAUCGAAUAAUGAUGAUGAUGUAUUUACAGCAGCUGUUGUACCUGGAACAAAUAAUGAAGGAGGACAAACUGAUGGAUUAGAACAUUUGCAUGAUGAACUAGAAGGUGAUAAAGAACAGUAUGAUCAUGAAAACAACGAAGAAAAUUUACGUGAUAGUAAUGAUGAAGACAAAUUAACAGAUAUGGAAAAUCAGCAGUCUGGUUCAGCUGGUCCGUUAACUCAACGUCAACAUAGUAAAAAUUGGGCUGAUUGUGAACCAGCCGGUUUAGAUUCAACUGAUGAUCAUCCUGAUACGUUUGGUAAUUCUCAACCACAUUUUUCACCUACAAACAAUUCAGGUGAUUAUCAACAACAGUCUCAACCAUUUAUGUUUGAUAAAUUUGGUGGACAACAACGCGGUGGAAGAGGUGGUAGUGGAAGAGGUAGUGCUGGGAGAUAUAACAAUCGAGGAAUGAUGGGUGGCAAUUUCCAGCAUCAACGUGGUCGCUUUCCUACACGUGGACCGAUGAUGGGCGGUAGUGGAAUGAGAAAUGAGCGAGGAAAUAAUCGUGGAAAUAACAAUAUGUUUCGCGGACAACAACAACAUUACAAUAAUAACAGGGGAAAUUACCACGGUGGUAAUUAUAAUCAGUAUCAAGAUUAUCAACAAAAUCAGCAAUAUAGACAACCACGACGUCGAUCAACGACGCGUGAUUUAAGAAAUUCAGGUGACACAAAUAAUAAUCAAUCUAGUAUACACGAUCUUGAUAAUCAAACAUCGUCUAAUGAUAAAACAAACGAAUCUCUCUCAAAUGCUAUUGAACGGCCUCGUUUGCAAUUGUUACCACGUUCAGCAGCAGUCAAAUCUGACGCAAGAAAUCCAAGCAUCUUCGGCACUGGUAAACCUCGUGAUGAAUCAGAUCCAAAAGUGGCUGAAUUUGAUAAACACAUCGAAGAAAAAGUUGAGAAAGUGCGUACUGAAUCGUUAACAGAUACUACAACGUCACAACCGACAACACCUACAACUAUGAACACUAAAUCAACACAACCAAAUAUUCAAGUAUAA